AUGGCUCCUACUAUGCCUCGAAUGGCGGCCUUUGGCCUUUUGCUUCUUGGUUUACCUUCCACCGCUCUCGCUAAGCCAACAGGACUCCAGCCACGCCAAAAUGUCCCUGGCGACACGCCUUUCGUCAGCUUUGAUGCUUGCAGUCAUUCUCAACGCCAGGACAUCGAGAAGGCUUGGGCUGAUGUGGUCACGCUCACUGGCAUUUCAAAACAGUUUAAUCCUCCCGGCACUAUCGAGUCGAGAAUUUUCGGAGAUGACAUCAACUUGAGAUUCAAGGAUAUAUCGCGCAUAUACACCAUUUUCCACAACAUCCAAGAACUGAGUAAGAAUGGGCGCAAGAUGCAGAUUUCUUGCCAAGACGUCUACCAGGAACACAGGGCGGCGAAAGACCAAGUUUCAUGUAAAAAUGAGAUUCAGUCUUCAUCUGGCUCUAUCGGCGGCUACGCAUUUUCCACCGAGCCGACCAUCGAGAAGUCCACUAUCGUUCUUUGUGACACCUUUUUCGGACCUGGCCAAGAGUUCUUAGGGGAACUAGUUGACAAUCUCCGAAAGGCGCCAGAGGGUGACAGAAAGAACCCGAAUCUCAUGGCCGGCAAGGGAAAAAUUCUACUUCACGAGCUGACACAUCUUACCGCACUGGCAGAGACUUCAACGAAUGACGCUGACAGCUACGCCUGGUAUGCGACCGAGAAAUACUUUGAAAGCAUGUUUGGUACUCCCAACGCAGCCUAUGAGAAGAGAGAUGGAGAUGAGGAUGAUACUUCGCCCGAGCAACCAGCGCCUCCCGCAGUCCCCACCAAGGCACUCAACAUCAUCCUCGAGAACAAGCGCCGUGGAGUCCCGAUGGACAAAGACUACCAAGACAGAAUGAACUGGCUAUUCUUCUCCACCAACUAUGGGACUGCAUCGCAAUGUGCGCUCUUUCCGGCUCUCGCCACCCGUGCUGAUGUAUCUAUUGGUACCUUCUCGGUUAAUGCUCUGAAAGACAACUACUUUCCUGCUGGCACGUACGAUGUCAAAACCCAAGAUGGAGACUGCCAGUAUAAGAACGAUGGCAGAGGAAACCCAGGAGCCUUGUGGUGUGGUGAUACGGUGCACUCAUGCAAGCAGCAUCGGGACAGACAGAGGGUCACCUGGUGCCGCGGUAUUGACCCGCCUUCCCAGAUUCAACAUGUACCUAUGGUUGUAUGUGAGUGGUAG